UAUGCGGCAGGACUAAAAAAAUGCCAAUAAAAAGGAUUUUAUUAGAAAUGUUCGAAACACUUGUUGCGUUUGUAAAGUGAAAUUAAUUUUAUUAAUUGAAAACAAAGGAAACUCAAAGCAAAUACUCAGUGCAAUUAUUGUUUUCAUUGUGAAGUGUGAAAAUUACAUUCGCUUUGAUUAAACAAUGCCGGAAAAUAAAUUAAUAUUAUUUUUCGCUACUUUUUUUAUAAUUUGUUGUGUUAAUUCAGCGCAAGAUGCUAAGUUGGCGGUUAAUAGCAAUACAACGACAACACAUAAUGCCACCGUUUUGGUGCACAAAUGUGGCGAUUCCAAGAAGAUGGUAGAUGAAUGUUUCAAUGAUUUGCCGCCACAUUUAAUGGAAUUUUUGCAAUCGACAAAAAUUGCCAUUAACGAGGAUGAAAUAACAUCGAAGUGCACUGUUUUCGAUCGCGGUAUGAAAUGCUUUGAUGAAUACACCGCCAAUUGCUUACCCGAUAAGAAUUUGUUGAUUUUCAAGAAUAAUGUUGAAGGCGCAAAGAACUUUUUCAAAAAAUUUUGUGGAGAUCGCGAUUUUCAAAGAGAUUAUUUACGACAUAAGGACUGUUUUUCCUACAUACAGGAUGAUUGGAAACGCUGCACAAGGAAUUUUCAAAAUAUAUUGGCUGAUGAACUGCAAAUGGAAAGUACAAAUGUAACCAAUAAAUUUAUGGAGUUUUGUUGUGCUCGAUACGCCUAUGAGAACUGUAUCUACAGCAGCGCACGUUACAAAUGCUAUAAGAACUCGGCUAAGUUCGCACGUGAUACGGCAAAAAUGUUGUCUGAUGAAAAACACUUCAGCAGUUGCCGGCAAUACGAGAACGCCUUGUGUAACGCUGGUCACAAUUAUCGACUUGGAGGACAAUGGCCAUUGAUGCUGGGAAUGCUUUGGUUAUUGCUGUUGUGUACAUACGUUGGUUUAUGCAACAAUUGUAAAUAAAUCAAUAUCCAAUUAAUGGAGUAUAUU